CCUAGUCGGUUGUGAAUCUGUCCCCAGACAGGCAGCCUGUUGACGUCGACCAGCUAGCUAAUGCUAGCGCUCUAGUAAAGCUAGCCGGUGCUAGCCACCGUCGAGUAGUUAGCUGCUCUCCCCGACCUGUUACUGGUCGAUAGUCUUUUGUUAGUCAGCUGUUGUGGGACAGACGCGGCACACUACACCAGCAUGUGCGAUGUUAGUCAGUCGUAGCUUUAAUUGAUUACAACGAGCUCGCCGAACAGCCGCUAACAGUAACGUUAGUCCGAGCUUGUCAAUUAGCUGUCGCGAAUUAAUGAUAAUGUUUUGUAGAUAUCGCUUCCCCCACCCUCCCAAGAAGCAGCGUCACCUUUUCCUUGACUGUAUUCAACAGCUCUAGUGAGACAAAGACAUUGUUCAUCCGUUUACCUUUUUUAUUUUAUGGUUAACUUAGUGUUACAGCUUGUUUGUAGUACGCUUGUUACCUUAAAACCCCUGCUAGCUCCUGGUGCGGGGGAGCUCAUUUCCCCCAAUUGAGCCGGAUUCCUCCAUUUAGUUGAUCAUCUAAGUAUGCGCAGCAUGUGGCUAUGAUGAGGUGGUGACCCCGGGUCGGCCAGGCCGUGAGAUGAUUGCAGCUUGGCACAGAGAACAGAGAGACUGAGGAAGAAGAAUGGGCAGGAGCAUCUGGGGCUGCUGGAAAGGCAUCAUCUCUACUGCAGUGCUCUACGGCUCUUUGGCCCUGUUUACCUCCAUCCUCCACAAUGUGUUCCUGCUGUACUAUGUGGAGACAUUUGUGUCCGUCUACAAGAUUGAUAAAAUCUCCUUCUGGGUGGGAGAGACGGUGUUCCUAAUAUGGAACAGUCUCAAUGACCCUCUCUUCGGCUGGCUGAGUGAUCGCUCCUUCCUCAGCUCUCCUCAGACGGGCUCUCAGAUCACAUCUCCAGAGGUGGUGCUAAAGCGCCUGAAGGCUCUCUCCACAAAUGGCCCUCUCUUCGCCCUUUCGUUCCUGGCCUUCUGGGUGGCGUGGGCCCAGCCAGGCCUGCAGUUCCUGCUGUGCCUGUGCCUGUACGACGGUUUCCUCACUAUGGUGGACCUCCACCACAGCGCCCUGCUGGCUGACCUGGCUGUGUCCGCCGCCGACCGCACACGCCUCAACUUUCACUGCUCGGUGUUCAGCGCUUUGGGCUCGUUCUCCGUUUUUCUGUCCUACUCUUUCUGGAACAAGGAGGAUUUCUACUCAUUCCGUCUCUUCUGUGUGACUCUGGCAACUUUUUCCAUCUUGGGCUUUUUCGUAGUGUCCAGGUUGCUACAGCGUCGUUUUCAAAAGGAAGUCCGUCCAAGACAGGAUGAGGCACUGACACUCAAAGAGCUGAGUGUUGGCCAUGCUCCACUUACCCACCCAGAAAAACCUGUCACUAUUAGACAGUACCUCAAGCAGCUCUCCACACACAAGAACUUCAUGUGGUUUGUGUCAAUGAACCUUGUUCAGGUGUUUCACUGCCAUUUCAACAACAACUUCUUCCCUCUUUUCCUUGAACAUCUCCUCUCUGACAAUAUUUCCGCCUCAAUGGGUUCUGUCUUAUUAGGGAUCUCUUACAUUGCCCCCCACCUGAACAACUUGUACUUCCUGACACUGUGCCAGCGUUAUGGGGUUUACCAGGUUAUCCGCUGGCUAUUUAUGCUCAAACUGGGACUUAGUGUGGUUAUGGUGCUGGCAGGGGCUGACCACAUUUAUCUGCUGUGCAUCUUCAUUGCUAGCAACCGGGUGUUUACAGAGGGGACGUGCAAGCUGCUGAAACUGGUCAUUUCCGAUCUGGUGGACGAGGACUUCGUGAUCAACCGACGCCAGCAGGCCGCCUCUGCACUCCUCUUCGGCAUGGUUGCCUUGUUGACCAAACCUGGCCAGACGUUUGCCCCACUCAUUGGCACCUGGCUGCUGUGUGUUUACACAGGUUAUGAUAUUUUUGAGAGGGAACCUGUGAAGGACUCUGUGUUUUCUGUGCCUGACGUUGCCCCUGGCUCAGGGACUCCGCCUCUGCGCCUGGGCUGCUUCUACAUGUUGGUGUUUGUGCCUAUCACCUGUGCCCUGCUCCAGCUGGCCGCCUGGUCUCGCUUCACGCUUCACGGCCGCAAACUGCAAGGGAUCAAGACCUUACGGCAGGGGGCCCAGCAUGGCCACCUAAUCGAUGUCAAGGCCAUAUGAACAGAAUAAAGCUGGGUGAAGCUGCACACAGACACUUUUAAAUAAUCAGUUUUACAGUCCCUUUGAUAAUAACUUAGAAGAUGAGGAAUCAGGAAGCCGCUCUGAUUCAUUCUGCAGCGCAGCCUGGUGUUCAAGAAUAUGAACCACUGCACAACAUGUUGCUCUGUGGACGGUGAAAAAUGAACGGUGGCCUGAAUAAUGCCACUGUAAGGAACAUGAAAUAUUUUAAAAAAUGAAACUUGCCUUAUUUUUUUAUAUUAAAGUAUUGACUUAUAUUUAUAUUUGAACAGAUGACCAAAAGAUGAAGUAGAACCAAUCAAUCCAUUGGAUGUAGAAGGAACAAGGUGAUUCCUUUUCACAGUGCAGGCCAAAGAUGGGGGGGGGGCCCUCUUGAAAACGGUUUGUAAAGCAUAAUUCUGGCCUACAGUCUGAGCGCCGUUGCUGCUCAGUAAUCGUCAGUAACAUCAGGAGAUUUACCACAAAGCUGCUGCUCUGGUGUCUAAUGUUAUUAACAGGAUGAAAAAAAGUGAAAUAAAAUUGCAUCAGUGUGUUCAGAGUUCUGCUGAUACUGCACGGAUCCUGCACUUCAGAGCCGAUUAGUUCUUUUACUGUUUCUUUACAUUUACACAGAAUGCCCUGCCAGUUUGAUGUCGAAGUGUAUUUUCUGAUACGUCCAGUGUAGAUGAUGAUGUUUUUUGCUCAAAACUGCCAUUUGUCUGUUGUACUUCAAACAUUCUGAUUGUGACAUACUUUAUGUCCUGUAUUAAUAAAAAUUGGAAUAAGUAAUAUAUGCCGGUAACCAUAUUGUCAGAUCAGUUUUGUAAUUUUUCAGAUUAUACAAAGAAAUAAACCUUAUCUCUGUUGAAAGUCAAACAAACUCUGCUGUGCCUUGACACCUGUACAAGACGAACUGAAACUCUUCUAAACUGGGUUAUAAAACUAAAAUGUGAAA